AUUAUUUUUUAUCGAUCCUACUGUAUUCAUCUAUUGACAUUUGAAAUCGAUUUCUCUGUUCCGCUUGAAAUUUAGCCGCGAUUCUGCUUUGACAGACGGUGAUUACCGUAAAUGCUGAAUGCAUUUGUAUUGAUCUUAAUCUUCCCGUCCGUCUGGGUCAGAAAUAAGUUCCCUCGUUUAGAGGAACAAUUCCGUAAUUAUGCAUUCAAAUUUUAACUGAGUGAUUUAGAUAUUAAAUGAAACUGAAAAUGUAUAAUCCGUGAUAGAAUUAAUUGUAAAUUAUAAAAAUUUAUCAUGCACCAUUGCUGGGUGCGCUGAAAUUGGCGGGCGAUUUGAAAUUAAUCGAGCGCCAAUCACAGUGCAUUCCGAUUGGAUGAAGUCCGACCGCCAGUUAACAGUUUCCCAUUUUGUCCUAAAUUGUUAUUCGCCGCCAGCCUGCUUGAAAUUAAUAAACCAAUCGCAGCAAGUGGAUACUUUAAUAGACAGUCGGUGUUCAGCCAAUCAUAAGCGAUGGGACGGCCCUUCCCAGCGGUAUAAAAGCCUGUGCUGGAGCUCGUUUCGUCUAACUUGUUCCUGUAUUUCAGUCUGUGUUCUCACUUCCGAAGCAGAAUGGCCCGCACCAAGCAGACAGCGCGCAAAUCGACUGGCGGAAAAGCUCCUCGCAAACAGUUGGCGACCAAAGCGGCGCGGAAGAGCGCUCCUGCCACCGGCGGAGUGAAGAAGCCUCAUCGCUACCGGCCCGGCACCGUGGCUCUGAGGGAGAUCCGGCGCUACCAGAAAUCCACCGAGCUGCUCAUCCGCAAACUUCCCUUCCAGCGCCUGGUCCGGGAGAUCGCUCAGGACUUCAAAACCGAUCUGCGUUUCCAGAGCUCCGCCGUCAUGGCCCUGCAGGAGGCAAGUGAGGCUUACCUGGUCGGGCUCUUUGAGGACACUAAUCUGUGCGCCAUCCACGCCAAGCGAGUCACCAUUAUGCCCAAGGACAUCCAGUUGGCCCGCCGCAUCCGCGGGGAGCGCGCCUAAGACCAGCCUGCACGCCGAACACCAGAAAAGGCUCUUUUAAGAGCCACUACCACGGCAAAGGGAAGGGCUGUAGCUUGCUCAUCAUUAUUGUAGUAGCGAUCUGCCCUGCCGAUCGAUUUUGCACUAAUUGACCUCGAGCAUCAGUUCUGUGCAGACAGGGUAAUUCGGCGAGGGAUAGGAAGUAAUAGACAAUGGACAGUAGGUGCAGGAUUAGACCAUUCGGCCCUUCUAGCCAGAACCGCCAUACGCUGUGAUCAUGGCUGAUCAUAUACAAUCCGUACCCGAUUCCUGCCCUCUCCCUUGACCCCGCUAUCUUUAAGAGCUCUAUCUCACUCUCUCUUGAAUGCAUCCAGAGAUUAACGCGCUUCCCUCCCUGUCAGGGUCUCAUCUGGCCCUUCACUUCUCCCACAAACCUGUCAUGUACAGCUGGUGCGGCUGUUACCGUUUUGUUUGCUUUGGACAUGGGGAUACGUUCGUCUCCGCUGUGCUUGGAGUGGAGCAUGCCGACGCGAGGGGUAUAGUGAGGGAUUUCGGGGGGGGCGGUGACUACCAGGAAAUAGUGAUUUUUUAAAUUAGAUUUCAUUCUCUUGUACAUUUUUGUUAUUGGUGUUUUGUGUAAAUUAACAAUGUAGUUUUGUAGCUGGGGCCUGCAUGAAGGUCAGUCGGCAAUGCCACCGGGUAAUUUAUCAUAUAUCCUCUCGCUGCAGUCCGUCCCAGAGACGGAUCCCUCUCUCAACACGCCCCCUCCCCUCUCGCGUAGGUUUCAGCAGUUCCCAAUCAACUCAGCUGAAUCUCCGCUGCUGUCAAUGUCUCAGUCACUCUCUCCCGGCAUCGGAGAAGGAAUUGGGCCAAAAACUGCCCACAUCCCUUA